AUCAACAUUUCUUGCACCUUUUUUUCUACUUUAUUAACGUUUGGUCUUACGCACAGUUACUGCGGGAUACUAGGCGUGGGCGUUGCGGAUGGUUUUGAUGGGUCACCUUGUGCAUGUUUCUGUACUACUGCGUGCAUUUUCCUCGAGGAGGUAGUGGGGCGCGUGCAUCUCUUUCCAGCUGUUCUUCUUGCUUUGGUGUUUAUUGCUUCCCGGUUCUUUUCCAUCUUCUUUCCAUUAUCGAUGUAUUGUGCGCAAUGUGGCAGGGAUUGCGUCUAUCUAGUGGGCCAGACAACUUUCAAAAUACGGAUACCCCUUAAGGAACUCCCAACUUUUCCACCUGUGUUAGCUACGAC